GCAUUUUGAACCCGGCCAAUUAUGGCGGCGCCCGUCCCGUCACCGUCACAGAGCAGCUAUACCACACCGAGUCCCAAGAAACACGCCGCGUCGAGCUUCAUUGCCGAUUGCUCAGCCAGGCUUCAUUUGGGUCAUGUCCCGACCUCCACAGCCAUGGUGUUGGCUCAUCGCUACUUCGCAACACACGCGGCACCGCACUCGUUCCCACAACAUGUUGACAUUGGUGCAGCGUGCAUCUUCUUGGCCACCAAGAUCACAGAGAAGCCACGGAAGCUGCGGGAUGUGAUGAACGUCGCGUACUGUGUCGCCCACAACGUCAACACGCCCGUGUCCACCGGGCACGAGUACUCGGCCUUCAAGGAGCGGCUGCUGGACGCCGAGCAACAUGUUCUUCGAGCCAUUCGAUUCGACAUGGAUGUGCCGUUGCCGUACCAGCAUCUGCUCAACCUCGCCAAGCUGCUCCAAGUAUCCCGCGUGGUGGUUCAGAUCGCAUUGACCCUCGCAAGCGACCUCUUUUACAGCGCCCGAGCAUUGGAGUACCCUCCCCACGUGAUCGCUGCCUCGAGCAUCUACCUAGCAAUGGACCUCCUGCAGGUACAUUAGUUAUUUCGUAAGUUAUGACUGGGGAUCGAUCCUAGAUUCCAAAUAAACCCAUUCGGUGGUGGCAUCAUGUCGACACCAGUGACGACGACCUGGACGCGAUCCGAUCUGAAUUUGUGGCCCUGUAUGCCGCCAUCUUGCCAUCGUCACACAUAUCGUCACCACCACGCGCAUGAACGUUUGUCUCAUCGUCGUCGCCACCAUCGCGACAGGGACCUACCUGUAAUAACAUAUAUACACGACAGACACAGUUUACAAC